AUGUCACAGAUAAUCAACGUAGAAAGUGAACCGCGUCUUAUUUCGACAGCCUGCUUUAACUAUGUUGUUCAUCCAUCUAUACAAGGCGUUUAUGUUUACUUCAUGAAAAAAAGUGCUUUUUACUGGUGUAUGCAAAAUUAUAUCAUUUAUAUCAUUGAGACAGAGACACUCAAUUAUGACCAGGCUGUCGCACUGUUCGUUGAAAGCUUAAAACUGUUGAAUCGCAUCUUAUCUAUUCCUUCUCAAGUCAAGCUUUCUGCUUUAGAUACAUUUCAUGAUUGGAAUCGAUCAGUCGGUCUUUACAACACUGUUGAGUAUGUCUUAAGGCAAAGACGGAUGCCUUCCAAGCGUCACAGGUUUUACCACAUUCCCAAACUCCAUCUCAACCUCGAACUUAACGCAUUUGAUGGUAACGCCUCACAAGCGACCAUUGGAGUAAGAAGAUCUUCCGAUUUUGUCUUGUAA